UAUAUACUGUAUAUGUCAUUUAUUAUUAUUUUUUUUUCUUUGCUCAUUCCAAAAACCCCUUCAAAUGCUGGCUAAAAUCUUUAAAGAUACAAUAAAAACAGACAUUGCAUCUUGCCGUACAAUGAACUGUUUUGUUACCAGAGGGGCCGGGAAAGCAUUGCUGGCUAUUGUAUUGCCGUGGAACCUGUGAUGAUCAGGCUGAAAAGCCUGGGAGGUCCACAUGCAUCUUGAUUGGCUGCUGGAACCCUUCUUUUUGUGUAUGUUCUCGCACACACUCGGGCAGCAGCAGGGAUCAGCAACAGUCUUGUCAGCAGGAUUACAAGAGACCCGUUUCAUCAAAUUUCCAGCUUUUAAACAGACUGGAAAGGAAUGACCACCACUUACAUGGAUUCCAAAAGGCACAAAACAUAAGGAAUCCCAAGCAGAAAUUCUGGAUGCUGGCAGCUCCUAUUUUCAUGAUUUCUGAUUUCACAUUGAGAAGGAUUCUAUUGUGCUAAGAAGAAAGGCUUCUGUCUCUCAGCAGGAGAAGGCCUAGGCAGGCUUAAAAUAAUGCAGGAGAAGAAAAGCACUUUCCCAAAAAGAGCUUCUUUGGUUCUCUUCCUGUGCCAAGUAAUUACUGCGCUGGAAGUACCACUUGACCCUAUACUACAAAAGGAAUUGCUCCAGCCUCCAACCAUAACGCAUCAGUCACCGAAAAACUAUAUUGUGGAUCCAAGAGAGAGCAUUGUGAUUCAGUGUGAGGCAAAGGGGAAGCCUCCACCAAGCUUUUCAUGGACUCGCAAUGGCACGCAUUUUGACAUAGAUAAAGAUCCAUAUGUGACAAUGAAACAAAACUCCGGAACCCUGGUAAUUAAUACCAUGAAUGGCGCAAGAGUGGAAGCAUAUGAGGGUGAAUAUCAGUGUACUGCCAGGAAUGAUCGAGGUUCUGCGCUAUCCAACAACAUUGUUGUUCGCCAGUCCAACAUCUUAAAUAUCAUCAAAGCCAUCUUGUUAGAAGGAUCCCCUCUGUGGACAAAGGAAAAAAUUGAACCAAUUGUUAUUCAGCAGGGUGUUCCUUUGGUGCUCCCAUGCAACCCACCAAAAGGGUUACCACCACCUAUAAUAUUUUGGAUGGACAACUCAUUCCAAAAGUUGCCCCAAAAUAAAAGGGUUUCACAAGGUCUAAAUGGAGAUCUUUAUUUUUCUAAUGUGCAACCAGAAGAUACUCGUGACUUCUACAUUUGCUAUGCAAGAUUUAAUCUCACUCAGACUAUACACCAGAAACAACCAAUUUCUUUGAAGGUUUUAUCAAUGGAUGGAUUAAAUGAAACUAUAGCUGCUAAUUUAAGUGACACUGAGUUUUAUGGUGAUAGUCCUGCUGGGGAAAGGCGCCCUAGCAUGCUGUUUCCAAAUAAUACCACAAGUAAUAAGACAGUCUUACUUGGAGAAGUACUUUUGCUGGAAUGUAUAGCAGAGGGACUGCCUACACCUGAAAUCCAUUGGCGUAAGGAGAGUGCAGAUUUACCUGCUAACAGAGUGUUUUAUGAAAACUUUAAUAAAACAUUAAAGAUUAUUGAUGUCACUGAAGCUGAUGCUGGAAAAUAUAAAUGCAUAGGGAGAAAUAUCCUGGGCACCACUCAUCACAUUAUAACAGUCACUGUGAAAGCUGCACCUUAUUGGAUAACUCCACCAAGAAAUAUUGUAUUAUCCCCAGGAGAGGAUGGAUCUCUGACUUGCAGAGCAAGUGGCAGUCCUACUCCUAGUAUAACAUGGCUUAUUAAUGGUGUUUCCAUUGAAUUGGCUCCUACAGAUGCAAGUAGAAGAGUGGAUGGAGAUACAAUUAUGUUUUCUAAGGUGCAAGAUGGAGCUACUGCAGUAUAUCAGUGCAAUGCCUCUAAUAAAUAUGGCUACUUGCUUGCAAAUGCUUUUGUAAAUGUUAUCGCUGAACCUCCUCGAAUUAUGAUGUCAAAACACGUCUAUAAAGUGAUUGCUAACAACGUAGCCUUGCUUCACUGUCCCUUUUUUGGCUCACCCAAGCCUGAAAUUAAAUGGUUUAAAGGUGCUCAUGGAAGUGUUUUGCAUGGAAACGGAUAUGUAUUUCAUGACAACGGAACUCUAGAAAUACCCGUGGCACAAAAGGACAGCAGUGGAAAUUAUACUUGUGUAGCAACUAAUAGUUUUGGAAGUGUAAAAGACAUGAUUGGACUUCAAAUCAAGGAUCCAACUAUGAUUAUUAAACAACCAGAAUACAGGGUAAUUCAGAGAUAUGGAAGUGCACACUUUGAAUGUAGGGUAAAACAUGAUCCUACUUUAAAACCAGUGGUGAUUUGGCUAAAGGAUAACACUGAGCUUCCAAAUGAUGAAAGAUUUAAAGUUACCAAAGGCCAUUUGACCAUUAAGAAUGUAACAGAGAAGGAUGAAGGAACAUACACUUGUGUGGCAAACACUGAUUUGGACACUGUCUCGGCCAGUGCAGUGCUUACUGUGGUUGAAGCUACUCCAACUCCAGCUAUUUUCUACGAUCGCCCGGAUCAUCCUUUUGAUUUGGAACUGACUGAUCAUCUUGAAAGAAGUGUGCAGCUCUCCUGGGUCCCUGGAGAUGAUAACAACAGCCCCAUUACCAAUUUUAUCAUUGAGUAUGAAGAUACAAUGCACGACCCAGGCACAUGGCACUUCUUGACAAAAGUCAGUGGAACUCAGACCACAGCUAGACUGAAUCUUUCUCCAUUUGUCAACUAUUCAUUCCGAGUCAUUGCCGUCAAUGAAUUUGGCAGGAGCGAGCCCAGUGAAUCAUCAGAGCAAUAUAUGACAAAACCAGCAGAGCCUGAUAAAAAUCCAUCUGGUGUUAAAGGAGUCGGUACCGAACCAGACAAUUUGGUUAUUGCCUGGGAAUCUAUAAAAGGAUUUGACUCCAAUGGACCGGGACUGCAGUAUAAAGUCAGCUGGAGACAGAAAGAUUUUGAUGAUGAAUGGACAUCUAUUAUAGUUGCAAAUGUAUCAAAGUAUAUUGUUUCUGGAACACCAACAUUUGAACCAUAUGAAAUAAAGGUCCAGGCGCUGAAUGACAUAGGUUAUGCCCCUGAUCCAUCAGUAGUCAUUGGAUAUUCAGGAGAAGACUUACCUAUGACUGCUCCGAGCAAUGUAGAGUUGGAAGUUAUUAACAAUACACUGGCAAAAGUUCAGUGGGAUUCUGUUCCUUCUACAUCAAUCCGAGGCCAUCUUCAAGGGUACAGGGUCUAUUAUUGGAAAGCUGAAAACCACACAAAGAGAAACAAAAGGCAUAUGGAAAAACGAAUGCUAACAUUUCAUGGAAACAAGACACACGGGAUGCUCCCAGGACUGGAGCCCUAUACAUCUUAUAUUCUCAAUGUUAGAGUUUUCAAUGGUAAAGGCGAAGGUCCUCCCAGCACUGACAAAUAUUUUGAAACACCAGAAGGAGUCCCUAGUGCUCCAUUGAAGCUGGAUGUUGUUGAAAGGACUAUUGAAUCUUUAACUCUUAUGUGGAAACCACCUGCUCAUCCAAAUGGGGUCCUAACACACUAUACACUGAUAUUUCAAUCAAUAAAUGCCACACAUGAGCUGAGUCCGCCAGUUGAGAUUACUGUUCCCACAAAUGAAACAAGUUUGGUGUUAAGGAAUUUGAACCAAAGCACACGCUACAAGUUUUACUUGUAUGCACAUACUGUGGUGGGACCUGGAAUCCAGAUAACUCAGGAAGCCAUUACUGUUUUGGAUCAGGCUGGUAUUCCCCCACCUGCUGUGGGUACAGGCAAAGAACCCCUUUCUGCUACUUCCCCUGCCAUGCACACUGUUUCUCCAACUCACUACAAGGUUCGGCCUAUCCUUCCAAGGAUCAAGAAUAUAACUUCAGCUGAAACUUCUGCUACAAUCAUUUGGGAUUAUGAGGGUCCAGAAGUGAAGUUCUAUAUUAAAUAUGUAGAAAUAAGCAAAGAAGAUUGGAAAAAAGAAUUUGUAAAUGAUACUCGGAGCUUCUAUGUAUUAAAAGGUUUAACUCCUGGAACAUCAUAUAAAGUUCGAGUUGUUGCCGAUGAAUUUUCUGAUUAUGGGGUUUCGGAAGAUUCCUUUCAGACAGGUCCAGCCAUGGCAAGUCGACAAGUUGACAUAGCUACCCAGGGAUGGUUCAUUGGUUUGAUGUGUGCUGUGGCGCUACUUAUACUAGUUUUGUUGAUUAUUUGUUUCAUCCGAAGAAAUAAAGGUGGUAAAUAUCCAGUCAAAGAAAAAGAAGAUGCCCAUGCAGAUCCAGAAAUACAGCCUAUGAAAGAGGAUGAUGGAACAUUUGGUGAAUAUAGUGAUGCAGAAGACCACAAACCACUUAAAAAAGGCAGCCGCACUCCUUCAGACAGAACUGUGAAAAAAGAUGACAGUGAUGAUAGUUUAGUUGACUAUGGAGAAGGAGUAAAUGGACAGUUUAACGAAGAUGGCUCUUUUAUUGGACAAUAUAGUGGGAAGAAAGAAAAAGAGCCUGUAGAAGGCAAUGAAAGCUCUGAAGCUCCAUCCCCAGUCAAUGCUAUGAAUUCCUUUGUUUAGUCAUCAGGAUAUGGUCAUACUUUUCUUCUACAUGUAAUGCACCCAAGCAUCAUAAGGUGACAAACACAACAUGGAAGCAUAUUCAAGACCUGAGCAAUCAUUUACAUUGCACAAGUUCAGUUGGUACUGGAUGUUUUUGGGGGGGAGGGGGGCAGUACAACAUGGAAUAUUUUUUAUUCAUGGCAUAUUUUUAUUUUCUAAAAAUUGUGGAUACAGAAUCAGCUGAACAAAAAUAAUUUUUAAAUGCUAUCCUCCUUAAAAUGUAUUAAUGCAUGAUAUGAUGCACAUUUCACAGACAAACCAGCGUGUGUCCAAAAUGGUUUGAUUCUUUGUUAUGCAGUCCUCAGUCAGACACCUGGUAUGAAGUCCGUUGUCAGUGUUUAUGUAGUAUUACAAUGUAUAGAGCUUCAAUGUCUUGGUUGACAUUGGUGGUGAAGUUGGUGACUUUAUUGUAUAUCUAUAAUGUCUUUUUUUAAAAGACAAGAAUUCUAUAUAAAUAUAUAUAUAAAUAUAUAUGAUGGCAAAUUAAUUUAAGUAUGACACUUGCAUUUGCUGAUGCUUAAUGAGACCCAAAUAUAUGCUCUCUGCUCCCCUUAUUUUAAACUAUAAAGUAUAAUGUACCAGUGUUGUAUUUUGUAUACCAUGUUUAAACCAGGUUGUUACGAGUCCAUAAAAUCAUACGCUUUGCUAUGCAUUGUGGAAUUCCUUACAUCACAGUCACUGAAGAGAGAUGGAACUGAAUGAGCUUCUUCGUGUAUUCAUAAUCAUACAGUUCAGUGCCUUUAUUUGAUAUGCAUUCCAUAAUGCAUUACUCCUCUGAAGUUUGCUGUUAAUUGUAACAUCAGGUUAGCUAACUGCAGUAUCACUAUUGCCAUAAAUAAAAUAAGUAUACAGUUGUACGAACAGGAAUUAUGAAAAAGAAUACAGAAAAUGUAUUUAUUAUUGGAUAUGAAAUGUUUGCUGCUGCGGUUACACUGUGUUCUAAUCUGUUUAUUGUAGCAGCAUAUGGAAUAUAGCACAAAAACCCAUCAUAUGCAAACCCUUUUAAGCACAACAUGUUCGAAAGAACAAUGUUUUUGUCAAACAUAUUUCUGUAAAAACACAUUCAAGUAACUGAUCAGCAGUUACCAGUUCAAUUCCCUUAAAGAGGAACUGUGAUGAUGAUAAACAUACCCACUAAACUAGAAUGCAUGUUUGCUAAAGCUGUAUCACAAAAAGUAUUUAUUUUUUUCUUUUGGUUAUUGAGAUAUUUAAAUAUAUAUUGAUGAGCUUCUGAUAGUUACAAUGUUCAUCUGGAUUCCAGUGUUCCCUCCAGCAUCACCCACCCUCAUUAGGUAAAAACAACCACCACUCUUGCCAACUGUGCCUUUCUCUCUGUUUGUAUAUAUAUAUAUAUAUAUAUAUAUAUAUACAUUGACACAAAUUUACAUUCACAUACAUACUCAUAUAUAUGUGUAGUCCUGGAUAUUUUGCCUGUCAAAGAGGCAUAACAAGCCCCAGUUAACACCAUGAAGGGAAACUACCAUCAGCAUUAUCAGGCAGAGCAUGCCACAGCCUCCCCAUACCCAUGGUGUCCUCUGAACACAGUUAUCAUGAUGUGAAACACACCAAUAUAAUAUUAUUAUUAUUAUUAUCUCAAAAACUCAGAGAAUGAAAUGAAUAAAAUAUAUUUAGAAAAAAUUAUUAUUUAACAUCCACAAGUUUGUGGCCAAAUUAAUAGCAUUGACAGUUUCUCUUUGGGACUAAAAGGAAUAUAAAUACAUGGGAGAAGUGAAAAUUCCCUAGAAACACUCCUCAUAUUUAAAGGUUUUUGUUAAUUUGAUGGGGAAUAUUCUCUAACCUUAUUGCUAAAAACACUCCAAAAAGAGAAAAUGCAUCAUAAAAAUAUGGCAGAGAAAGCCGCUAACAGAAUAAGCAAAGUGGGAUGGCUACUAUCCGUGAGAAACAUGGAUCUUGCAUAACCUAUUUUAAUACUGUGGUUUAGCUUCCUAUGAAAUUAUACGACAACCUAUGGUUGAAGCAAUGCUGAGUUUCAUUUGCCAAUAAAUUGCUUUUUCAUAACUUGCAUCAAGUUUAAUUUUAAGUAAGCUUUUAUAUGUAGAUAUUUUGUUCAAUUUGUAAAUAUAUUGAAAGUUUAGAUGCUUUAUGCUUCUAGAUGUUACAGAGAUAUAUAAGGUUAUGUUGUACUGUGUAAGAAAUGAUAUAGCAAGCAGGGUGCAUGGUAUCUUAAGGCAUCUUCCUAAAUCCAUAUAUUUUGCUGUGAAAAUGACAUAGUGAAUUAUUACAUUUGCCGCAGAAUUCCCAAACUUGUGCCGAUACGUGUAUUUUACAUUUUACCUCCUAGAAAGAAACUAUAGAGUUAAAGCACAAGUUUGGAAGCUGCAUACAUGUUUUGUUGCAUUUCUUAAUUAUUACCCCUUAUUAACCCCUUAGCAGGAGAGAUGAAAAAAAAAUUGUUGUGUAUUGUUCAGAGUUAUGAACCCCCAAUGAAGUGCUAAUAAAGAUUGCUAUUUAAUUUUUUAAGCACAUGAGAACAAUAAAUACAAAUAAAAUAUAAUGUAAAAAAUUCUGGUGGAAGCUGUGGUCUUACUUAAAGGGAAAACACUGUGAUAAUUAAGUUUUUAUCAUUAUAUGUAGCAAAGUACUUUAAAGGUUAUACAAAUGUGGUUUGCAGCACUAAAUGAAGUGAAAAAUCACAUACAAAUUUUGCACCCUUGAUCAGUAACCCUAAGAAACGUAACCUGCUAACACAAACUGUGCAUGGUAUGGUUCACCUACAGGUCUCUUGUGUAAAAGACAAUAAACAUUUUAUAUGUCAAUAAAUGUAUUCAAAAUUGAAUUGCA